GAAAUGGAACGUACCGGUAGAAUUACUCGACGGAACCCGACUGGCCAGGCACUGGGAGGAUCCCAACGUGGCAGUCGGGGGGGAUCAAGAGAGUCUAGGGGACAGGGCCGUGCAGGCCAUUCGCUGACCGUGAGUGACGGUCACGUGGAAACAAUAGAUGAACACUAUGAGUCCGAGGAGGAUUCAACUUACCAACCGGGAACUGAGCCGGUUGAGACCCCAUAUGAUGGGGAACACGACGAUGCUAGUGAUGAGAGUGAUGAUAAUAACGCUCUUGAACGGAUUGAGGAAUUGCUCCGGCAAUACCAACAAGAUCGCCAAAGGCGCCGGGCAAGGCGUGCUUUGGAAGGGGCUUCGAGGAGAGGAAGCCGCGCGACUCCUAGGGAGAGCAUUGAACUUCGAGGAGGUCGAGGUGCUGAGGUUCCUAUCAUAAGAAUCUCAAAGUACCUAAAGGAGGCGAGAGACUUGGGAUGUAAACCGUUUGAUGGAACGGGAGACAUCUCCGUGGCGGCCGAGUGGAUCAAGAGAUUCAAUGAAGCGGCCCUUGACAUGCAACUGCCACCCCACAUGAAGAUGAGAGUGGCAACAAGAUUGCUAGAAGGCAUGGCGUCCACGUGGUGGGACGGAGUCAAAGGGAAGUACGGCGAGGCCGUCACUUGGGAGAACUUUAGGCAAGAAUUCUUUAGCCAAUACUACUCCGACUUCGAGGUGAACUUGAAGAGGAGGGAGUACACGAAUUUGACCCAAGGAGGGGAAUGCACGGUGAAGGAACUUGAGCACAAGUUCAGGAAACUUGCUGAGUUCAUACCGGAGUACAUUUGUGACGAAAACCGGAUGGUGAACCAUUUCUGGGAUGCCUUAGACCUUGACAUACGCGAGAGGGCAACACAAUUGCCUAAUAUGACGUUUAGUCAAGUGGUUGAACAAGGCUUGAAGGGAGAAAAAGAGUGGGAGGAAAGAAAGCGAAGGAACGCCGAAGAGGCGAAGAAGAGGAAAUGGGAGAACCAUGGCCCCCAAGGUUCUAACAAAAAGGGGAACCACGGGGGAGGGGGAUCGUUCAGAGCGCCGGCACCGCCAUCCAAGGGAAACUCGGCCUUCGGCGGGCACAACUCGGGCUCACAAGCCUCAACGGCGCCCAGGUGCAGAAAUUGCAACCGGAGCCACGCCGGUAAGUGUCGUGAUCCACCACGGUGUUACCAAUGUGGGGACACGGGGCAUAUUAAGCCAAAUUGCCCUCAACUUGGUAGGAACCGAGGAGCGGGAUCAAGCGGCGCUACUACGGCAAGUAGGAGCCGAACCGGAGCACCUCAUGCUAGUACGGGCCAAGGGGGAGCAAGCACGAGCAAUGCGCCGUCCGUUAACCAAGGAAGGACCCAAGCAAGGGUCUACGCAAUGACGGAGGCGGAUGCCCGAGCUAACCCAGAUUCGGUUGCAGUUUCAGGUAGGGAGUAGAGCUUGCUACUACCGCUCGUUGCUUCGGGGAAUUCAAGGAGGAAGGCGGGGUUCGUACUUCUCCUGUUUCUGUUUUGAAAACAAUUUAAAUAAUGCUCAUGGAUAUUAUUUCGAAUAUUUAUUUGGGGGCUUGUAUGCCCGUGGUUGCCACGUGUGGCUUGAAUAUUUGUAAUUAUGUUUCCGCUGCUUAAUUAAAUAUUUUACGUUAUGAUUGUUUAUGGAUGUACUAUGUGUGAAUGGUAUUCAAGACGCCUAGUAUAGUAUGG